UCAAUUCCCUAGCUAGCUCAUUUUAAAAAAUCUUUCUAGCUAGACCAAACAUACCUAACCUUAAAUUGGCUUUUGAAAAAAACUAAGGGUUUUUGGUACAUUGCACCUUUGCAUUACAUAAAUUGACAAAUUGCAUCCUUCAAACAUAAAUUGCUUCGCACUUUGCACCGCAAAUAACUUUUUGCUUGAAAAACAUACCGCCGACUUGUUAGGGAACUUGAAAGAAGGGCAAUUUUUUUAUUCUUUUAGUACCAUCGUCCCCAAAUUCUUAAAAACCGUUUCCCCGUUUUUCAUCCCGUACCCUUUUUCUUAAUCAAAAAAACCCAAAAAAUCCAUGUUUAUGAAAAUCUGGUAUCUCUAGAUUAUCAUAAUCGUUUGUCUAUGUAACUAACAUCAGAAAAUAAAGUAGGAUUACUAAUUCUUAUUUAAGUGAGUAAAGUUAUAACGGCAGUAUAAAUACUAAAAAUGUAGAAAGUAAUAAAAUUUGCUCUCCUUUCCUAACAAGCUGUCGGUAGUUUUUUCAAGCAAAAAGUGAAUUGGGGUGCAAAGUGUCAAAAAACUUAUGUGUGAAGGGUUCAAUUUUACCAAUUAUGCAAUUUAAGGGUGCACAUUGCAAAAGGCAUUUAUUUAAGGGUGUAAAAUGCCAAAAACCCAAAAAAUAAUGUGACUUUCAGUGAUUCAGACUAGAUUAGGAUGAAUUAAUUAGGAUGGCUAUUAGCUGGUACUUAGCGUGCUAUUAAUUAUUUUUUUUGCCAAAUUGUGUUACUAGAUAAUAGAUAUAGUGUGCAGCAGCUCUAGACACUUUUUUUUAAUGUGAAAGUUAUUUAUUGUCUGAAUGAGUAUACAUUUUUAGUUUCUUUACUAUGUAUAUUAUUAAAUUUAUUGUCCCCACGUGCAUAUAUAAGCAUGAUAGCAUUCUCAAUCUUCAUUCACAAAAAAAAUAAUACAAAGAGAUAUAUAUCUAUUCUUGAAAAACAAAAAAAAAAAUGGAAGCUCGUGUGCAAGUAAUCUCUAGAGAGAUGAUCAAACCCUCAUGUGAAACUCCACAUCACCUGAAAAAUAUGAGACUUUCGUACUUGGAUCAAUCAACACCGGCUAUAUAUUUCCCAAUCCUCUUCUUCUACCGAGCCGACGAAUCAAAAGGCUUAACUACCUCGAAUCAUGCCCGAAUAUCUCAACGUAUGAAACGGUCCAUUUCCGACACGCUAACUUCUUUCUACCCGUUAGCGGGAAGGAUCCAAGAUAAUUUCGUCGUAAAUUGCAACAACGCCGGGGUCGUUUUCGUCCAUGCUCGAUCGGGAGCUCGAAUAGUGGAUGUCGUACGAGAGUCCAACAUGGAGGAGAAAUACUUGAAGCAAUAUAUUCCGUGUAGUGAUCAGUAUCGUAGUACUAGUAUAUCUAAUCGACCCCUUUUGCUCGUACAAGUCACUUGUUUCGAUUGUGGAGGAAUUGCGGUCGGAGUUUCUUUUCUGCAUAAAAUGGCUGACUUGGCGUCUGUGAUGGCGUUUAUGGGUGCGUGGGCCGGUGCAUGCAGAGAGGAAGGCGGUGAUGAAGUUUCUCGAGUUAGUUUCAAUCUUGCUGACUUUUUCCCUGCAAAGGACUUUUUGGGCUCUAACGACUCGAGAUUUCCCGUGUCGGACGAGAAUUUUGUGACGAAAAGGUUCGUGUUCGAUAAGGAAAAGUUGAGAGCUCUUAGAGAAGCCGCUAUAAACCCAUCGGGGUCAACCACGGUCAACAACCCUACUCGAAUCGAGCUCGUCUCGUCUUUCAUAUGGAAACAUAUAAUAGACUUCUCCAAAGUUAAAAACGGCGCGAAAAGAAGCAUCGUCGUCGGUGCAUCACAUGCGGCCAAUCUAAGGCCAAGAAAGAAUAUUCUCGAGAAUAUGUUCGGCAACUGCAUCAUUUUAUCAUCCGCAUUCUCCGAUACUACUAGUGCUAACGCGAACGAACUUCAAGAACUCGUGGGCAAGUUGAGAAGGUGUAUAAGGAGAAUCGACGAUGAUUACAUUACGGAAUCUCAAAGUGGAGAUAGAGCUUUGAAUGAUCUUCAAGAAUUGGUUACACAAUUAAUUACUAGUACAAAAGUGGAAGACGAAGAAGAAGAUGAACAAGGGUUAUUAUUCGAGUGGUGUUGUUUUACCAGUUGGUGUAGGUUUCCUUUGUACGAGGUUGAUUAUGGUUGGGGGCGCCCCCUUUGGGUGUGCACUACGGCUUUGCCAUUGAAGAAUCUCAUAGUGCUUAUGAACACCAAAUCUGGAGAGGGAAUUGAAGCUUGGGCCAAUCUCAACAAAGACAACCUUAAUUUGCUCGAAACCAAAAUCCAGCUCAUUUCAAUUACCAAUAUUAAUUAUAAUAAUUAAUACCACUUGUAUUUAUUUGGUUAUCUUUCACAAAGGCUCUGGCUGUAAUAAAAUAAAAUUUGCCGAAAUAUUCGGUUAAUCG